UUCGGCUUUAUACUGAAACUUUAAAAAAGUUUAAGCGCUGUCUUAACAAUUCAAAUCCCAACCCAACGAUCAGGCUAUUGUACGAAACUACUUCCCCUACGACGAACAAUGGCCGUGGUUUGUGCAUGGGCCAACUAUACACUCGUGACGGCCGUUUGGUUGCCACUACAGUGCAAGAAGGGGCAUUGCGUUUGAAACGACAAUCAAAGGCUUGAUAUUGGGCAGCGCAGGAGAACAUCGGAACGGUUUCGAAUUUAAUAAAAGAAAUUGUAUAUUACGGCGAGUGAAAAAUCGGUGUACUUUUUUUCCAUCACAUUUUUUUUGUCCUCUCUUCUUUCGUGUUUGCCAAGUAUGAUUUCAAGUGUGUUGAGAACAAGUGUGCUUCGACACGUCAGAACAGCCACCUGUCAUGUUGCUCGUCGAUCAGCUUCAACCACCGCUGCUACCGCUCCUACCAAGGUGUGGCCUUGGGCCCUGGGAGCAGCUGCCACCGGCGGAGCAGCAGGCUAUUACUAUGCUGGCCAGCCCGUCAAGGUUAGUGCGACCCAAGGCAAGACUCAAGCAAGAGAGAAAGUGAGCACAAAGACCAUCAAGGAAGCUUAUGAGCGGCUACAGAAAGUGCUGCCUGCACAGGACGUCACUGUUGACGAGGAAGCACUACAGUUCCAUGGUUUCACCAGUAACAGCUACCAUAAUGAAGGCGCUCCCAACAUUGUGACAUUUCCACGAAAUACACAGCAAGUAGUUGAAAUCGUCAAGAUCGCGAAUGAACUAAAUGUACCUGUCAUACCUGUUGCUGGCUUAACAAGUCUGGAAGGUCACUUCAGUGCUCCGUAUGGAGGAAUUUGUAUAUCAUUUGGAGAGAACAUGGAUAAUAUUGUAGCCUUUCAUGAUCAAGACAUGGAUAUUGUCGUUCAACCAGGGGUUGGCUGGGAAGAUCUCAAUGCUUUCCUCAAGCCACAUGGCAUGUUCUUCCCAUUGGAUCCUGGUCCAGGCGCUUGCAUCGGUGGUAUGGUAGGCACUGGAUGCUCUGGUACAAAUGCUGUGCGAUACGGAACCAUGCGUGAGUGGGUGCUAAAUGUGACAGCCGUCAUGUCGGAUGGAAGUGUCGUCAAGACAAGACAAAGACCUAGGAAAUCAUCGGCAGGUUACGACCUUACCAAACUGUUUAUUGGCUCGGAAGGCACAUUGGGUAUUGUGACAGAGAUUACACUCAAACUUGCCACCAUCCCAAAAGAAACUUCAGUGGCUGUUUGCGAUUUUCCCAGUAUUCGAGAUGCUGCAGCAGUGGUACCGGAAAUAAUGAUGGCUGGCAUUCAGGUCGGCGCCGUAGAGCUACUGGAUGAUUUGAUGAUGAAAGCGAUCAAUAUGGCAAACCCUCGCUUGGGAUACGAAGAGAAGACGACGUUGUUUUUCAAAUUUUCAGGUCCAGACAAAGCCCAGGUUGAACGAGACAUCACACUUGUGUCUGAGAUUGUCAACCGACAUAAGGGCGGUAAAUUCAAAUAUGCCAAAACCGAAGCUCAGAAGGACGAGUUAUGGGAGGGGCGAAAGGCGGCGCUGUGGAGUUCUGCAUUGUUGAAACCGGGCUGCUCAAUCUGGACUACAGAUGUGGUGGUGCCUGUGUCUAGACUUCCGGAUUUAAUCGAGCACACCAAAGACGACGUUGCAAAAUCUUUUCUACCCUGUCCCAUGGUCGGUCAUGUUGGCGAUGGAAACUUCCAUGUCUUCAUUUUGUUUGACCGGGAUAGCCCAGAAGAAACCGCUGAAGCCAAACGCAUUAAUUCCCGAUUAAUUGAUCGUGCCAUUCUUAUGGAAGGUUCUUGUACAGGUGAACAUGCGGUAGGGAUAGGCAAGAAAGCCUAUCUGCCCAAGGAGUUGGGCGAAUCUACUAUAGACCUGAUGCGCACUAUCAAGUAUGCUAUUGACCCAAAUGGCAUCAUGAAUCCUGGAAAAACGCUUCCGGACAAGGAAUAGACGUUAUAACGAUACCCUGGCAAGGAAACGGAGUGAAGGGAGAGCCUGGCCAGCGCCACAGAAAUCCACUAUAUCCGAAUUUUAUUGGUGUGCAUACAAAU